AUGGCCGGAGCCGUACCCGCAGCCCCCCUCCUGAAGGACGAGCUCGACAUCGUCAUACCCACGAUUAGGAACCUCGAUUUUCUCGAGAUGUGGCGGCCGUUUUUCGAGCAGUACCACCUGAUCAUCGUCCAGGACGGCGACCCGUCGAAGACGAUCAAGGUGCCGGAAGGGUUCGAUUACGAGCUGUACAAUCGCAACGACAUUAACAGGAUUUUGGGUCCAAAGGCGUCCUGCAUCUCGUUCAAGGACUCCGCGUGUAGGUGCUUCGGGUACAUGGUGUCCAAGAAGAAGUAUAUCUACACCAUUGAUGACGAUUGCUUUGUUGCCAAAGACCCAUCUGGAAAAGACAUCAAUGCCCUUGAGCAGCACAUCAAGAAUCUCCUGAGCCCAUCAACCCCUCAUUUUUUCAACACCCUUUACGACCCGUAUAGGGAGGGUGCCGAUUUUGUUCGUGGAUACCCAUUCAGUCUACGUGAAGGUGUCCCCACUGCUGUCUCUCAUGGUCUCUGGCUCAAUAUCCCUGAUUAUGAUGCCCCUACACAGCUUGUCAAACCUCGUGAGAGGAAUACCAGGCAUGUGCUCUGUAAAAUUGUGAAAUAG